GUGUGCCCGCAGUUGUAAAUUAGCAAAAAUUUUAUAGAAAAUAGUUCGGCCUGCGAUUGUAGUUUGUAAUUGUUCAAUAAAAAAUGGGCAGUAAAUUUUUCAAUAAGCUUUUGCUGAUUGCCGGAUUUGCCAGCUUGGCUCACGCCGCAUUUUCGGCUGCCCACCAUCGCACUUAUUUGAGGCUGACGGAACAGGAAUGGACUAGCCUUCCCUUAGAUAUUAUCCUGCAGACCGUCAUCAGUUUGGUGAUUGUGAUCUACAAUAUCAUCGAGGUAGUGGGCAACUUCAAGGAAAUUCGCGCCACCGUGGAUAUGCAGCAGAAAACGUGGGACACCUUGGGCAACUUUCCAUCGUUUUAUUCAUUUAAUCACCGCGGUCGUGCCUUGAACCCUGGCUACACGCCUCCGGAAUAAGAGGUCAUUCUUUCAAGUUCUGCUCUUCUUUUAUUUAUAGUCUCCACAAGUUACAAGAUAAAUAACGCUAAAGAACAA